ACAAUGUCUGCAGAACUGUGUGCAUUUAUUUAUGCCUUGGUGUUUCCCAGUACAAUUAACUUCUUUUGAGAUUGUCUUUUCCUAGCCUAAACCUGCUUGCUUGACUUUCACCAUUGCCUGGGCAGGAGCAGAUUUAAGCAACAGCAGUACACUAACUGGAAGAAAAGUUUAAUUUUUUGAAGGAGCCUGGACUCAAGAUUUCGCUACCUUUUAAUGGCUUCUCAAUAGGGUAAGCCCUAAUGGGAAUCCGAUACACUAAAUAUACAUUCCAAUUCCUAAGAAAGGGAACACCUGGGAAUGCAAUAAGCACAGUACCAUUGCAAGGUGAUUUUCAAAAUGUAACAACAAUAACUGGUACGAUAUAGGGAUUGAACAAUGCCAAAUGUUCAAGCUGGGUUCAGGAGAGGAAGAGACACUAAGAAUUGUAUUGCAAACAUAUAUUGUAGUAAGAAUUUCAGAAGAAAAUAAGCCUAUGCUUUAUAGAUUAUAGCAGAAAUACUAGUAGCUCUUGCCUUCUUUACAGCUCUGAGAUUUGAGAGUUGUCACACUUCAGGAAGCGAGUAGUGGCUAAUCCAGCAAAGUUCCGGCUGUAGUCUUUCCUUUGAACAGAAGAAACACAGGAUGCAUCUACACUGCUGAGGGCUAAAAAAGCCAAUGGGAUUUUGGCCUGCAUAAAUAGGACUAGAUCCAGGGAAGUCGCACUACCGCUGAUUUUGCCUUGGAAUGUGUCCAGAGGAGGGUGACUAAAAUGAUCAAGGAUCUGGAGAACAAGCCCUCUGAGGAGCGGCUUAAAGUGCUGAGCAUGUUCAGCCUGCAGAAGAGAAGGCUGAGAGGAGACAUGAUAAUGUAUAAAUAUAUGAGGGGAAGUCAUAGGGAGGAGGGAGAAAACUUUUUUUCUGCUGCCCUGGAGACUAGGAUGCGGAACAAUGGCUUCAAACUACAGGAAAGGAGAUUCCACCUGAAUAUUAGGAAGAACUUACAGUGAGGAAGAGAGCUGUUCAGCAGUGGAACUCUGCCCCUGAGUGUGGUGGGGGCUCUUUCUUUGGAGGUCCCUGCUUCUUGGCAGGGGGUUGGAAUGGAUGGCCCAAGAGGUCUCUUCCAAGUAUGAUUAUAUGACACCAUUUUAACUGUCAUGGCUCAAAGCUAUGGAAUCGGACAUUGCAGUUUUACAAGGUAUUUUUCAUUGUCAAAGAGUGUUGAUGCCUCACCAAACUAAAACUCCUAGGAGUUCACAGCAUUGAGCCAUGGCAGUUAAUGCGGUUUAAAAUUGCAUUAAACCUGCAAUGUAGAUGCACCCAUGGUUUUUGAGGGUGGCAAUAUAGUCAUUUUAUUUGCAAAACGCUUUUCGGGGGGGAGAGGUACAGUCUUAAAAUGCCAGAUAGGGUUUUAUAGUGACUUGCAUGCGCUCCUGGGUGGUUUGUCCAUAAAAACCGCAUAUUUUUGCUGAGUGUCCGCGCAGCUCUCCUUUGGCGCUGUCUCUUUAAAAGGAGCGCGUGGUGGCGAGGAAAGGAGGCGCGCGCGCGCCGGGGAGCGUGAGCGCGCAGGCAGGCAGGCAGCGCCGGUACGCAAGCGCGUGCCCCCUUCCCACCCUGCCCGACGGGGUCGCCUCUUGCUCCUCCCUUUUGCGCGCGCUGCCCAGAUGCAACCCCAUUGGCUAGGGCCUGUCAGCUGACCCCGUGUUAUUUCCUGUGUGUGUGAGAAAGAGCGAGAGGAGAGGAAAAGAGGAGAAUGGAGAGAGAAGCCUCGGAACCUCUUCCGCGGAGCCGCCCUCGGCCCGAAGCGGGUCCCCGGCGCCCCUCGCGCUCCUGAGAGGCCCCACCCGCUCCGCGCUCCCCUUCUAGGGCGGGGGCGGGGAGGAGAGCGCGGUUUCGGUGGGCUGUUGAGCUGUUGUUCUGCAGCUAAACAGCAUGCAGUCCUUUCGGGAGCAAAGCAGUUACCACGGAAACCAGCAGAACUACGCGCAAGAAGUGCAUGGUGCAUCCCGGCUAGAAGAAUUUAGCAGCCGCCAGCAGGCUCAGAUGUUCCAGAGCUUUGGAGGAGGUGGAGGAAGCAGUACAAGUGGGCGCCGUGGAGCAACAGGAAGUUCUGCAUCAAUGGCUGGUGAGAAUUCUGGACAUCAGAGCUAUCAAGGUUUCAGAAAAGAAGCAGGAGAAUUCUAUUAUAUGGCCUCUAGUAAGGAUCCUGUGACAGCAGGAGGACAGCAGCUCCCUCAGCGCAGACCUUCUGGACCGGUGCAAAGUUAUGGGCCACCACAAGGGAGCAGCUUUGGAAAUCAGUAUGGGAGUGAAGGUCACGUGAACCAGUUUCAAACACAGCACUCAUCGCUUAGUGGGGUGACUCACUAUCAGCAAGAUUAUACUGGUCCUUUUUCCCCUGGAAGUACUCAGUACCAACAGCAAACUUCUAACCAGCAGCAACAACAGGUGCAGCAGAUGAGGCAACAGCUCUACCAGUCUCAUCAACCUUUGCCACAGGCCUCCAGCCAAUCUGCCUCUAGCACAUCUCAUUUGCAGUCAAUGCAGCGUCCCUCAACACUGCCUUCAUCUGCUUCUGGGUAUCAGCUACGAGUGGGUCAAUAUAGUCAACACUACCAGCCUCCUGCUGCUUCAUCAUCUUCAUUUCCUUCUCCUCAACGUUUUGGUCAGUCAGGACAGAACUAUGACAGCAGUUACAGUGUGAAUGCUGGUUCACAGUAUGAGGGGCAUGCUGUGGGUUCAAGUGCACAGGGUUAUGGGACUCAGCCAAAUUACAGUUUUCAGGCACAGACAGUGAAAAACUUUGAGCAGUCAAAGUUGACCCAAGCAGGUCAACAGGCACAAGGACAGGCACAACAAUCACAGCAGCAGCAGCAGCAGACUCCUCCCACACAGCAUGUGAUGCAGUACUCAAACACUGCUACAAAACUAACCCUGCAAAGUCAAGUGGGGCAGUACAACCAAGCUGAUGUCCCUGUGAGAUCUCCCAUGCAGUUCCAUCAGAAUUUUAGUCCUAUAUCAAACCCCUCACCAGCUGCCUCUGUGGUUCAGUCUCCUAGCUGUAGCUCCACACCAUCUCCACUUAUGCCAGGUGGUGAGACUCUUCAGUGUGGACAAAGCAACAUGCCUGUGGCCUCUAGAAACCGCAUCUUGCAGAUGAUGCCUCAGCUUAGUCCAACACCAUCCAUGAUGCCAAGCCCCAGUGCUCAGAGUGGAGGUUUCAAAGGAUUUGGGCUUGAAGGAUUACAAGAAAAGAGACUUACUGAUCCAGGACUAAGUAGUCUAAGUGCCCUAAGUAGCCAAGUAGCUAAUCUUCCCAAUACAGUCCAACACAUGUUGCUCUCGGAUGCGCUGACACCUCAGAAGAAAGGCUCCAAAAGGUCUUCAUCAUCCAAAAAGGCUGAUAGCUGCACAAACUCAGAAGGCUCCUCACAGGCGGAAGAACAACUCAAAUCUCCUCUGGCAGAUUCCAUUGAUGGUGGCUGUUCCAGUAGCUCAGAAGAUCAAGCUGAAAGAGUGAGACAGUUGAGUGGUCAGAGUACCAGUUCAGAUACCACUUACAAGGGAGGUAACUUAGAGAGAUCUCAAUCAUCACCAGUAGAAGCAUCUCAGAAUGAACCCCCCAAAAUGAGUGCCACCCCUGCAGAUGAGGAAGAAGUUGUUUCUCCUCCAGAUGAAAAGGAGGCCUUAACUGCUGUGGAGACUCCUCCGAAGGUCAAUGAAAAGACAGUUGGCGUUAUAGUCUCCCGAGAAGCUAUGACAGGCAGAAUAGAAAAGUCAAGUGGGCAGGAUAAACCCCAACAAGAUGAUGUUUCUGCAGGUACUCAAGCAGCACCUUCUGCCAGUGUGAUGAAGGAGACCACCCUUACAGGAUCACAACAAGAAUCACAAGGAGGAGGGAGUAAAGUUAAUAAAAAUGGGGAUAAUAGUACUAAUCACAAUGGAGAUGGAAAUAGUCAAAUGGCCCAUGCUGUCAUUGGCUCAAGCUUUCCCAGCAGAACAGAGCCUUCCAAAUCACCUGGUAGUGUGAGAUAUAGCUACAAAGACAACAUAGCAGUCGGUGUGCAGAGAAAUACUGGGAAUUUCCCUCAGUACCCUUCCAGUCAGGAAAAAGGGGAUUUUCCACUGCACAGUGAUCGAAAGGGCAGAAAUGAGAAAUUUCCUAGUCUGCUGCAGGAAGUCUUGCAAGGCUAUCACCAUCACCCUGACCGAAGAUAUUCUAGAAAUGCACAAGAUCAUCAUGGAAUGACUGCAAAUGUGGACAGUACCAUGAGACCUAAUGUCCUGAUCAAUCAAGGCAAUGAAUUAAGUAAUAGGGGCCUUUUAAACAAAAGCUUAGGAUCUCUUAUGGAAAAUCCACACUGGGGCCACUGGGAUAGAAAGUCAAGUGGCACAGCUUCUGACAUGAAACAGAUAAAUCUGGCUGACUAUCCCAUGCCUAGAAAGUUUGAGAUGGAAUCCCAGUCUUCAGCUCAUGAAGGAGGACUUUCUGAAAGAAGAUCGGUUAUUUGUGAUAUAUCACCUUUGAGGCAGAUUGCUAGAGACCCAGGCCUUCACUCUGUAGGACACAUGGGCACUGAUGGCAGGAGUGGAAGGAGUGAUCGUCUAACUCCUGGUUUAGGGCAGUCAGUCAUCCUCCCUGGUGGCCUAGUUGCCAUGGAGACAAAGCUGAAGUCUCACAGUGGACAGAUCAAAGAAGAGGAUUUUGAACAGUCUAAGACCUCUGCCAGCAUCAAUAACAAAAAAUCAGGAGAACAUUGUCAUCUUGCCAGUUUUAAGCAUGAGUCUUACAGAGGGAACGCUAGCCCUGGAGCUGCAGCACUUGAUUCUGCUGACUACAUGCUACAACAGGAUAGCCGAUCAGCGCAGCUGAGACGUGGUCAUGGCAGAAUGGGAAAUAGCCGUGAGGGAAUGAGGGGUAAAUCCCCCUCUCAGUUUCAUGAUUUGACAGACAAACUGAAGAUGUCUCCUGGUAGAAGUAGAGGUCCAGGCACAGACCUUCAUCAUAUGAAUCCACACAUGGUGCUUUCUGACAGGGUUAACCGGGGGUCCUUGCACUCUCCUUUUCUAUCAAAUUCUGAAAGCUCUUUGGCAUCAGCAUAUCACACUAAUGCUCGGUCUCAUGCUUAUGGUGAUCCUACCCAGGGUUUGAAUUCCCAGUACCACUACAAAAGGCAGCUAUAUCAACAACAGCAGGAAGAAUACAAAGACUGGAAUAACAGUUCUGCCCAGGGGGUGAUAGCAGCAGCUCAACUCAGGCAGGAAACAGCUAGAAAGAGCCCAAGGCAGCAUCAGUUCAUGGACAGAGUAAGGAGUCCUCUAAAAAAUGACAAGGAUGGAAUGAUUUAUCUUCAUUCUGGUUCUUACCAUGAUGCUGGAAGCCAAGAAGCCAGUCGUUUGUUGGGAAAUGAUGGUUCUCUUCAGAAUAAGUGUAGUGAAAUGAAGCAUAUAAAUCAGAAGAUUCAGCAACAUGAAUCAGGUUGGGAUCUUUCCCGGCAAGUGACUCCUGGGAAGAACAGUGGGUCUCUGGGGGCAGCCAGUCAGAAGAGAUUUGGUUCUCAAGACAGUGAUGCACACAGGCGUGAUGAUGCUGGAGAUGUACUUAAAUCUGGUAACACUAUGGCAAGGAUCCCUGGCCAAGAAGAUCAAUCUCCUCAAAAUCCUUUAAUCAUGAGAAGAAGGGUCCGUUCUUUCAUUUCCCCUAUUCCCAGCAAGAGACAGAUGCAAGAAAUGAAGAACAGUAGCACUGAGGACAAGACACGCCUUGUCAGUACAUCAAAAGAUGGAGCUGAUAAAACCAAUUCCUAUGCCCGCUGUUCACCAAACCAAGAUCUUGGCAAGUCCCUCUCUAAAGGAGAGUCCUCUAAAACCCUUCCAAGUCCUGAUGGUAGAAAUUGCUCUGUUGUUUCCCUAACAAGUCCAGCUAAAACAAAAAUUCUGCCUCCACGGAAGGGCCGUGGAUUAAAAUUGGAAGCAAUUGUUCAGAAAAUCACAUCUCCCAAUGUUAGGAGAAGUGCUUCCUCAAAUUGUGCUGAAACUGGCUCAGAUGCAGUCACUCUUGAUGACAUUCUGUCCUUGAAAAGUAUCCCACCAGAGGGUGGGAAUGUGGCUAAUCAUGGGAUGGAAGCAGAACAUAUAAAAGAAGAAAUUGUAUUAGAUCAAGGGAGCCAAGAGCUCACCAGUGAAAUCUCUCUGACAAUAUCACCUGAAGAAUUGUAUGGGGAAAGAGAUGAGGUAAUGAAAAAGGAGAUAUCUGAACUUUCCAGUGUUGGCAAGGAGGGCUCAGGGCCUUCUGUGAUUCCAGUAUCUUCACAAAAAUCUGUUGGUCAAGGAAGAACGGAUGGAUCUUUAGUUGGAACAGGAUCAUUAGGCUUUUCUGAGUCAAAAACUGUCUCCCCAUCUACCAUCUUGACUACUGAAGCAAAUGCAAAAUCUGAGGAAAAAGAUGGAAAUGCAAUUAUUGUGACACCCAAGCCAGAACCCUUUCCUCCAAAAGGAUAUUUUCCCUCUGGUAAAAAGAAGGGGAGACCUAUCGGUAGUGUGAACAAACAGAAAAAGCAGCCUCUGCCGCCAUCACCAUUGCCGCCACCACUGGUUCCACCACUUCCUUCAGUAUCAGAAACAUUACCGCCAGUAGAAGAAGCAGUAGGUGAAGAACCUAAGCCUAAGAGACAGCGAAGAGAAAGGAGAAAAACUACAACUCAGCCACGAAAGCGGAAACCAAGACGAGCUGCUCCAAUUGUGGAGCCUCAAGAACCAGAAAUCAAACUGAAGUAUGCCACCCAGUCUCUUGAUAAAACUGAUAACAAGAAUAAGUCUUUUUUCCCUUACAUUCAUGUGGUGAACAAAUGUGAGAUAGGUGCUGUAUGCACAAUAAUUAAUGCAGAAGAAGAGGAGCAGAGUAAGCUGGUGAGGGGACGAAAAGGACAGAGGUCAUCAACACCUCCUCCCAGCAAUGCUGAGAGCAAAGUCCUUCCUGUUUCCUCUUUUAUGCUACAGGGUCCUGUAGUAACAGAAUCUUCUGUCAUGGGCCACUUGGUUUGCUGCCUGUGUGGCAAGUGGGCCAGCUAUCGUAACAUGGGUGACCUCUUUGGACCCUUCUAUCCACAAGAUUAUGCGGCUACACUGCCCAAAAAUCCCCCUCCUAAGAGGGCCACAGAAAUGCAGCAUACGGUCAAGGUACGGCAUAAAAGUGCUUCUAAUGGUUCCAAGACUGAUACAGAGGAGGAGGAAGAGCAGCAACAAAAGGAGCAGAGAAGCCUAACUGCCCACCCUCGCUUUAAGAGACGCCAUCGUUCCGAGGACUGUGCUGGGGCUUCUCGGUCACUUUCAAGAGGUGCUGCUUGUAAAAAAGCAACCACUGAAGUUGGCAAUGUGGGUGAGAAAACUCCUUCAGACUCUAAACCCUCCAUGCCCACUUCUGAAGGUGGCCCUGAGUUGGAGUUACAAAUUCCUGAACUACCUCUUGACAGCAAUGAAUUUUGGGUCCACGAGGGCUGUAUUCUCUGGGCCAAUGGGAUUUACCUGGUCUGUGGCAGGCUCUAUGGGCUUCAAGAAGCUGUGGAAAUAGCUAAAGAGAUGAAAUGUUCUCAUUGCCAGGAGCCAGGAGCCACCUUAGGCUGCUACAACAAAGGCUGCUCCUUCCGAUAUCAUUAUCCAUGUGCCAUUGAUGCAGAUUGUUUACUAAAUGAAGAGAAUUUCUCAGUGAGGUGCCCCAAGCACAAGCCCCUCCUCCCUUGCUCUCUUCCCUCCUUGCAGAACAAGAUGGUGAAAGGCAGCCUCAGCACAGAGCAGUCCGAGCGGGGGUGAGGGGGGAAGUGUGUCCUGGGAAUGGGAAAAAAGCAAGCACAGGUUAGGCUGUUGAGAUAAGAAAGCGGUGGACAUUCAAGAUUCAAUGGAUUUUUUCCCACUGUGCAGUCAUGCCCCUCUCUUGAUGUGCCUGCCAAUGCCAGCACUUCCUUCAUCAACUCUUUCAUCACAACCAACCGAAAACAUCACAGAAGGACAUCAAGAAAAUCAAGGAGUCUGAACCAGCUGUUUUCAUGGACACAAUCUCCAUAUUGACUUUGGAAAGGGGGAGGGUAAAGAAGAGAAGGUGGGGGAAUUAAAGAGGGAGGGAUAAAAAUAUAUAUAUAUAGAUAUAUAUAUAUUAAAAGUUCUAUUUUUAGUCUUGAUAGACUUGUUUUAAAUGAAAGGUGCGCUAUCCCUUUUUAUGCAUUAAAUUCAAUUUUUAGGACUAAUGUAUGUUGCUCAUAAUAAGUAAAAUUCAAGCAAGGCCUUUGCAAAUCAUCUUGUUUCAGAAAAGGAUAUGGAGUUAAUGAGCUUGCUUAAUCAAACUUGUCUCUUCACUCCAGCUUCCACAAAGGAAACCAAGAUUUCAAAGAAUACAUUUUUUGUUAUUGUUGCUGGCAAAUUAUCUGCAGGGGGGAGGUGGGAAUGAAUGGUUGCAGGGGACAGAAUGUUUGUAUUUGUGUACGUAUGAACAGGGGAUUUUUCUUUUUAAGAAACACUAUUUAUUUUUACUAAGAAAGAAAGCCCGAGAAGCAUCAGAAAACCCUUCUAUGUCAUAUGGCUUGUGAAAUAAGAGUAGCUUCUACUCGCUUCAUAUUCAUAUACUCUGACCUUAUAUAUACGACUCUGUCUGUACCAAAAGGUGGGGGAUUGGGGCCUAUCUUGGCCUUGAUAAAUACUCCCAAAUCAUUCCAAGGAGUUGCUGCCUUUUAAAAAAAAAGGCAGUCUGGAGGAAGAUGUUGGCUUGCCUAGGAGAAAGGGGCAUUCAACAAAGUCUGAAUGUUGACAUAAUCAGUGUGUGUUAAGCUGACAAGGAAAAUCCAGUUAGCCCUUCUCUGUAUUUUGUUUCCCAAAGGAAGGAAGGGAGAAUGUUAAUAUAACAGCCUACACCACAUGGUUACUUUUUGUUUGUUUGUUUGUUUGUUUGUACAUUGUAAUUUUUAAACAUUUGAGUUUUUAAAAAGAAAACCUUUUCUCUUGUUAAGGCCUUAAGAAGGGGUUAGUGCAUCUUUCAGGGGUCACUCUGCCAUGGGAAUAAAAUAGCUGUUUCACAAACAGUUUUAUAUAAAAAACUAAAACAAAACAAAAAAACCCACAAAAAACUAAUAAACUUCAUUUUAACCUUGUUUUAUCUGUGCAAUUUAAUGUAUUUUUCUUCCCAAUCUUGAUCAAAACCAGUUUUCUGUGGUUGCCUUUUGUGUAGUUUGCACUUCAUUGUAACUAUAUUGAUUUAAGAUGAUCUUUCCUCCACAAUCCUCUGGGUGGAUUGCAGAGACUACUUACACUGAAAGGCAAUAGCCUUUCUGGGGUUCUUUUUCUAGAACGUUUUGGGAAACUGGUACAUUGGCCAUAUCAAUCUGGUUCUGUACAGCAUGUAGACAUCUUAAAAACCUGUGAAUCCACCUCAUAUUUUGACUCUGUUCUGUAGCUUGACUCCUUUUUAGCUUUUAAAAGAGCUACAAAUUAGGAGCAAGAGGCAUUUUAGAAAGCCAAAUUGCUUUUUGAAGAAAAGAGAAAAGGGAGGUGAAAAAUGAGAAGGAAAGAAAGAAGGCUAGGAGGAGGAAAGAAGAAAGAAUUGAAAAUAUGUGUGCUUGAGGAUGUGUGUGUGAGGCUGAUGGUAGGAUGGCUCUUUUGCUUAUCACUGAAGCCCCUGCCGUAUUUUUCCAGGGUGAAUGUAGCCCUUGAGAGAAAAAAUAUUUCCCACUCAGGUCAGAGGAUGGCACUAGAAUACUUAAGAGAGAUCUACUUUCCUGAUGGCUCCUUUGCUAGAGUUUUAAAAGCAUCUCAUCAACUCCGCUUGCCAUUAGUUAUAAAACAACCAAGCAUUUGUGUGUGAGAAAGAAAGUCAGUCAAAAUCAGCAUGAUGAACAAAAUGCAUAUCUGCAAUGCAGUAUGGUAUCUUAAACCAAAAUUGAUUUUCUGUUAUUAGAUAUUUUAAAAAGUCAGAAACACAAAUUACUAUAGCAUUUUCUAAAUUAGGCUCCAAGCAGAUUUUCUUUAUUUUUAUUUCAUUUUAACAUCAUUUACUUAAUUUAAUUUUAAUAGCAUUUACUUACCCUUUAAAUAGGAAAUAACUGUGGGGCUUGCUUUUAAGCAGACUAAUUCAGGAUUGCACUGUUUCUAUUCACAGUCUUACUCAGGAAGUGUAUGUUUCCUCUUAAAAACACUCCCAGAAGGAACAAUUCUGAAUAAUUCCCUAUUACUUCAAGCAAAUGUUCCUUCCCCCUUUUUUCAGGACUAAUUCAGAGAGGAAUAAAAUGUACUUCUUCAAAUCCUGUAUAAAAUAUAUGAGAGAUGUGUUUUACCACAUCUUUGUUCAUAAGAAAAGUACAGUGCUGUUACAAAGGGUCAUGGAUAUAUUGAAACCCACAUCCUGACAAUGGUGAACCAAAUGUUACCCAAGCCAGAUAUGAAAGCAUAUAUCUUUCCUAUUUGUUUGCCCAGACCUAUGGAUUCCAUUUAACUAUCAGUAAUAAACAGUGGUUAGCAGUUACAUCUAGAAAUGUGCUGAAUUUAGUUUAAAGCCAGUGGUUUAAUAUCUUGCUCAUUCUACUGCUGAUCAAUUUCCCCCAUGUUCUAGUGUAACAGAUAAGAUACUAAUUGAGGAGAUCAGGGCUUGAAUGCCUUCUCAGCUUUGGAAACCAGCUGAAUGAUUUGGGGCAAGUCAGAGCCUGUAAAAUUCUGCCAAGAAAACCACAUGAUAAAACCUAUUAGAAUUAUUUAGGGUUGCCAUAAGUUAGAGAUGAGUUGAAGGCACACAAGGGACUAAAUUUAUCAGCAUCCAUCAACUAUUCCAUGAGAUAUAUAAGGCAAUCUCCCCAAGACCCAGCUCUGGAGGGGUGGGAAACCAGAGCCAGUUUUCAGAUGUUGAGAAGAUCUGCAAAGAGAAAGGGGGGAGAAGAAAGUCAUGUGGAGAAACCAUGUUUGCAUUGCAAUGCCAGUGUCACACUGGAUUUAAGCUAAAUGACUACCUUCCGCAUUUUAUAAGCGUCUGUGUGUUCCCUGUCCCUGGUACAUCUAAAGACACUAAGGAAAAGACUGAAUGAAAGGAAGUCAACAGCUAUGAACAAUUUGUUACCUUAUUUCACUGAAGAAAAUGGGACUGCUUUUCAUACUCCACAGAAUAUGAUAACGGAAAGCAAAAUAAGAAAAGUGAAGCAGAGGGAUUAUAUGUUUAUGGCCAGAUGUUUUACAGAAAUGGCGAGUUGAUGAAAACUAAAAUUCAGUGUUUUCUCAGAGUUAACUAUAAAUUGAUCUCCCCUACUAACUUUCAUUAGGAAGAACCAACUAUAAUUGACUUUAUAGCUUGUAUUUAUAAAUGAUUGAGGGGGAAUCUGAAACCAGAAGAAUAAAAGAGAUAUUAUGUAUGUAAGUUAUUUUUAUCCUGUAUAUUUGUCCCAACACUUUUAAAUACAUAUGUUUGUCUCAGCAAUGCAAAGACAUUAGGAGUGGGAUUAUCUACUGGAAUUAUUGUAAAUGCCAAUAUAAUUGAUGGUUCAUAGGUUUAAUGCCAACAGGUCAGCCAAUAUUUGAUGUUUUAAAAAAUAACUAAGAUCCACCAUUCUGAGUCCACACUGCCAUAUAUUCCAGUUCAAAGCAGAUAAUGUAGGAUUUUAUUCAACUGUGUGGAAGGGGCUUCUGUUAAAGAUAGGAUAUGGAUAAACAACAAAUGAAGGAAAAACAGGGACCUAAACUAUUUUUACUUUUAAAAACUUUUUUUAAGUUUUAAUUAUUUUGUUUUGUAAACCAGCAUGUUCCUUGAGUGUUAUCUAAUAGUGAUUUGUGUAUGAUGAAAUUGCCAAAGUCAUUGAAUAUAGGAGCUGGAAGAGAUCCUAGUCAAACUUCCAAUCAGUGCAAGAUGUGCACUGCAAGAUGCGACCACAGCAUCUCUGACAGAUGACCAUCCAGCCUCUGCUUAAAUACCUCCAGCAAAGAAGAGCUCACCACUUUCUUAGGCAGUCUGAUGUUUAGUUGAAAUCUGCCCAUUGCAAUCUCUAUCCUUUGAUUCUAGCCAAGAUCUCUGGGACAAAAAGAGGCAACCACCCCACCUUUUGCAUGACACCCUUUCAGAUAUUAGAAGGCCACUCCUGUGUCUUCUUUUCAUCUUGUCCAGUUCAUUCAACCAUUCUUCAUAAAAAUUGGUUUCCAGACUUCUCACCCAUUUGUGAGCACACACUAUUUUGUCAAUAUACUCCUUAAAAUGUAGAACUCGCACUAUUCCAGAUACAGCAAAGUUAGUGAAGAACAGACUACAAAUAUUGAUUGUGAUUUGGACUUUAGGUUGUUAAUGCAAAAUGUGCUUGCCUUUUUGUUUUUCUGCUAACUCAUAUUCAGCUUGUGAUUAAGUAAAGUCACAUGCAUACACUGUUCUAUACUUGUGCCUUUGAUUUUUUUUUUUGUUCCUAAAAGAAGGACUUUUAUCUUUAUUGUAUUUCAUAAUUUUGUGUUGGCUCAGUUUUCUAAAUGCUUCAAGAGGGUAAUUUGAAGCUUGAAUCUGUUUACUAUUACGUAGUUUAGCUGCCCCUUCCAGUGUCUUGUCGUUUGCAGACUUGCUGUGCAUCUUCUUUAAAUUCUCAUUUAACAUUUUUUAAAAGAAAACCUUGAACAACAUGGAGGCUAAGACAGCUCUUUGCUAGUCCACUUUUAUCUUCCAUCAUCCUCCAAGUUGAUGCAGUAAUAAACAUUUGUUGGAUAUGACUGUUCAACCAGUUGUGGUUUCAACUAACAGUACUAUCAUUCAUUCUACAUUUUACCAAAUUGUCAAAAGAUAUAAAAGACCUCAAAUGUUUUGCUGAAAUCACAAUAUACAUACCUUGAUUUCAGACUAGCAACUUUAUAGAAAACAAAAAUGAACCUGAGGUUGUUGUGGUAUACUUCAUUCUGAAUAAAAUCAUGGUGGCUCCUA